CGUCUCUGACUGUUGAUGAGAGCAUGUGAGCGCGCACAGGCUUUGCGGUCGACGUGGUGGCAAAGACGUGCAGACGUGUUUCUUUUGGUUGUAUUCUCUUCAGCAUGGCGGUGGAUAUCCGGAGGUGGCCCGUUCUGCCCGGUGCGGUUGCUCUACUGCUUGUGGCGGGGAUCGUGGUAGGGUUCAUCAGCCCAGCGCAGAUUAGCAGCUGCAACACCCGAUGUCGUCGGCACCGGGGCAAUCAUGAUUGCGCGGGGGUAGUAUCCUGUAGAGCAAAGCGACAGGUCGGUCAUGAUGCAAAGGCUGGUGUUGAGGCCGUUGGUACGGCAGCAGCAACGAGAGAAGAAAGCGAAAGCAACGACGAGCAAUCACGCCGGAGGUGGCCUUGGCGAAGGAACAGGAGCAGGCGGCAGAGAGUAGGGGAGGCGGAAAAGAAGCAGCUGUUCACCUACGACUGGGACAAUGGCGACCGGGUCGUUUGGAGCGCCUCUAAGAAGAGCAACGUGGAGGUGGGCGAAGGAACACGGAAGCUGAAGGACUAUCUGGCUCUGCCGCCGACGGAGUACUCGCUGCUCGAUCCCAAAAUGAUCACCCGUUUGUCCGAAGAAACAUUCAGGAUGGAUGGCGCCACGAUGAGCAUUGUGGGGACGAAGAUCAAGCCCGUCCUCUUCGUUCGUGUCGAGGUCCAGCCUGAGAACAGCAUGGCAAACAUCAUGGUGGAGAGGGUCGAGCUGGAUGGGUCUGAGGCGGUCCGCAGCGCGGGAGGUUCCUUUAACGUUUCAUCAAGCACGGUGGUGUCUUGCGCAAAGAAAGAGGGCACUCCGGGGGACGCCAACAUCAUGGAACUCCGCGCGUCGUCGAACAUCGAGAUUGAGCUGCUCGUCCCGAACGAAAACUUUGUACCCGUGGGCGUGCUGCGACGGGCGGGAAACUUCGUGAUGCAGCGAGUUGUGGACAUCGGCCUACCCCAGUUUACGAAUUUCUUGAAGAGGGACUACGCUAGAUGGGCGGAAGGAGACGACGCCAGGGCUGCGGUUGCCGCGGAAGGGGAGUCGCUGAUUGCGACAGACGACAUUUAGCCUUGGGCAUGUAAAUGUGUGUAUGCUCUCUGCGGUAACCGUAGCAAUAAUGCUGUCUACGGAAUAGCAGCAUAUCUGGGUAUGUUGUCUACAGAAUAGCAGCAUGUGUGUGUUGUCUACGGAGUAGCAGCAUCUGUGUGUAUGCUGUCUACAGAAUAGCAGCAGCAGAGGAAGAUGCUCAAGGGCGAGCAACCCUCCUUCCGACACGCUGCCGGUGCGUCUGGCCCACGCGACGUUAAUUCACACGGCUGCUGCUGCUUGCCAUCUAUUUGUGCUUUGUUUUGUUUCAUUGUGCUGAAGGGAUCUGAACGAGAGGUAUUUCCACGUCGAUGCUGUGAUACGAGUGAUGAAAGUUGUGGGUUGGACCUUUUUGCAUCCUUACAUUUUGAGCAAGUCGCCUUGCCGUUUUUUUGUGUUUUGACGGCGUACUGUAUGAUGCGGACGUCAACGCCCACGCAACACAUGCGACAGCAGUUUUGACGGUGUGACAGAGCUGUUGUUGGUUGUAACUCGUGAUCGCCUCAGGUGUUAGUUCGGUCUUUGCGGGUCAGACGCUAACGUUCGGCAGGGAUUGGGAACGCGGCCUGCCUCGGGCAACCGUGUUGGUCCUCCAAGAGAUUCUCUCAUUGUGUCCCUUUUGCGGUGAUUGCCUUUUUGGUUUUUGUCAUGAGAAACGUUCAAUCAGUCUUCCCUUUCCCUCGUAAAGAAGUCGAUUUGCUUCAACUCACGACAGAAUUCAUUCGUCGUUUUCCACCGAAACUACAGAGAGAGCGCUUUUUGCACCCCACAGAGGGAAUCGAACUCCAACUUGUUACUUAAAAGGAGGUUGACGAUGUUAGACCAUUUCAGAACCGGGGGCUGCACUCGACAACUUGUCUAAAGAUAUUGACAGGAGGGCUCGAUGUUCACGGAACUGAACAAGUUGAAUCCCACCCACACAAGACCCUGCUUCUACUUGGUGAUGUGCGCUUGCUUGAAGUAGCUGUUUUGACCGGCAGAGGAAAUAACCUCUCCCAGGGUAGCCGAAACAGGAGGUUACAAAAGGCACGACUCCAUUUAAUACUUUUCUUGUUGAGAACACCUCGUAUGGUGUGUUGUUCUGUGCACGCAUUUAUUCGUGGCAAGAUAUUUGAUUUAGUUUGCUUCCGGGGAUCUCCAUGAAUCCGUUCGCCUUCAUCACGCGAAAACGAUACCCAAUCCAGCGUCCGUCGCCAGCAUUCAGGUGUGUAUCACGGCAACGAUAUCUACCACAAAGCAACGGGACGAAAGAAAAAAAAGAAAUUGCUGUGGAGUGUGCUCCAUGAUGGUGCUAAUGCCCACGAAUGGAGAACAAAAACAAAAUUGUACAUGUAUGAGCAAGACAACAUCGUCGGGCCUAAAGCUGACCAAACGAAACAGCUUUUGGAGACAACCACCCGUAUGCGUACGACUGCGAGAAAAACACUGCUGUUACGGUCGCCAAGCCAGCACCGUGUCAUAACCAAGAGCAGUCCAAGCAGUGACAGCACUGCAUCGGCACAGCAGUCCGUACGUCGCUACGUCGCUACGACAAAACACAAGUAGCCUCAAGCAGACGUCACUGAGGAAAAAAAUCGACAGAGAGAGAAACUUCAUCGCUCCGGAGAACCUUGCCAAAAGCAACCAACACUUCGCACAUACGUAGGAUAUGCUAAAGGAUCGAUCACAAACUUUUUAGAAGUGAAGAAACUCGCGCACAACAAAAACCUUCAAACCUAACCGCUGUGUUUUCUACCCUGCCGGGCCACACCAACAACAUGGCGUGGUGCACCGUCGUCGCCGCAGUCGCUGUGCGCAUCCAAGCGAAAAGAAAAAGUUUGAACGUUCUUCCGAAGCGAAUGAGUGCUCCGUCCCUGUCGCGAAAGCAAAUUCGUUCGUUCCCCACGGGCUUGGCCUGCCCCCCCC